AUGUCCGCCUCGGUGGGGCCCCAAGGCGGCCCUCGCCCACCCACCGCGCCGCCAUCCAUGCCGGAUUUACCGGACCUUAGCCACCUCACCGAGGAGGAGAGGAAGAUCAUUAUGGCUGUGAUGGCUCGGCAGAAGGAGGAGGAGGAGAAAGAACAAGCCAUGCUAAAGACGCUGCACCAGCAGUUUGAGAGCUACAAACAGGAAGUGCGGCGCAUCGGGGCGGACACUAGGAGGCAGCAGACACAGCAGAAAGAUGACGCGCCCACCUGUGGGAUUUGCCGAAAGACCAAAUUCGCCAAUGGCUGUGGGCACUUGUGCUCGUACUGCCAGACCAAGUUCUGUGCUCGCUGUGGAGGACGGGUCUCUCUACGCUCCAACAAUGAGGACAAAGUGGUGAUGUGGGUAUGCAACCUGUGCCGUAAACAGCAGGAAAUCCUCACCAAAUCAGGAGAAUGGUUUUCUGGGACAGGGGUGCGGCCCGGGAGCCUGGGGGCCUUGAACGACCCGACCCUGGGAGGUGAGGCACAGCGGGACAGGAAGCUGCUCCGCUCCAGGUCCCAAGCUCCGCCCAUCAACGCCAACACAGGCGCUCCAGACGGGACACUGCCACCUGGUGUCAACACAGCCAAGGGAUCAGACAGCAUGCAAGGGUCCCGCUCUCAAAGUGAACCGCCCAGGGAAAAGGCCAGACCAGUGUCCUUCCAUGAACAGAACGGUAAAGGAGGGCUGGGCAGAGGCAGUGGGCGGCGGACGCCAGGGAAGCUUCAGUCCCAGUCGUCUCUGGACGAGCGUGGAGGUCCUGGAGAGCGGCGCGUGGGGGAGGGGCGGAGGCUGGAGAAGAUCCACUCUCAGGAAUAUGAGGAUGGGACAGACAGCCUGGGGCGUUUGGAGAGCCACCGCAGACGCCCCGAGGAGGAGGACCCCAGAGAACGGCAGAGGCGAGAGGAGGAGUUUCAGAACCGUUACCGCAGCGACCCCAACCUGGCCCGCUACCCGGUCAAACCACAGAAGGAGGAGCAGGAGAUGCGAAUGCACGCCAAGGUCUCCAAGGUGCGCCACCAGCGCAGACACAGUGAUCUGGCCAUUAAUGAGGUGGGGCUAGGGCCCAAUGAUGGGAAGGACUUGUCUAGGAGGGACUCUGAGCGAAAGGCUGGUAUGGAUAGGACCGGACAAAGGCGGGGAUAG